CCCGGAGUUAAAUCCUAAAUACGCCACUGCUUAUAAAUUAGUCAUAUAGUUAAGUACAGGCUUUUUUGUAAUGUAUUUUAACCAACAUUUUCUUUUACAGAGCAAUGGUGCUCAUAACCAACACCUUGACCUAUGACCUGGGAAUCUUCUUGGUCACCUUAAUAACAGCCUUCGUGAUUUACAUAAAAUGGGUGUACACCUACUGGCAAAAAAAAGGUCUUGCUACAGAACCAACAGUCAUUCCAUUUGGCAACGGAGCAAAAGUGGCAACAUGUCAACAAAACAUAGGAGAGUUAUUCAGCGAUAUGUACUUUAAGUUUAAAAGUAAGGGUUUAAAGCAUGGGGGCGCGUAUUUUUUGAUGAAGCCGUUCUAUGUGCCAGUGGACUUGGAGAUUGUGAAGGGUAUAAUGCAGAAUGAUUUUGGGAAUUUCGUUAACAGAGGAAUGUAUGUGAAUGAGAAGGCGGAUACUAUGAGCACGAAUCUCUUUAACUUGGAAGGUGGUAAGUGGAAGAGUUUAAGGGCAAAGUUGAGCCCCACUUUUACAAGCGGUAAAUUGAAGAUGAUGUUUAAUACUCUGUCAGAGUGUGGGUUAGGGUUAAACGAUAUGAUAGAGGAAUAUGCAAGAACUGGGGAAGAAUUAAACAUAAAGGAUAUAUUGCAGAGAUUCUCAAUUGAUAUAAUAGGUUCUGUAUCGUUUGGAAUAGAAUGUAACAGUAUCAAAAACCCUGAGUCAGAGUUUUUCUUGAACGGUAAACGUUUAUUUAGCCUCGAAUUCACCAAUAUUCUACGCUUUCUAUCCCCAAUAGCGCUACCACACAGCGUUUUAAAAUUCUUCAACUUCAACUCCUUUAACGUAUCCGUAACCAAUUUCUUCGAUAACAUAAUCAAACAAAAUGUCGAGUAUCGUGAAAAAAACAACAUCACCCGUCCAGACUUCUUCCAUUUACUCCUCCAGCUAAAAAACCGCGGUAAGGUCUGCGAUGAUGACAAACUUCAAGACACCAAUAAGUCAACUAAAGAAAGCGCGCUAACCCUAGACGAGCUCACAGCCCAGUCCUUCGUAUUUUUUAUCGCUGGUUAUGAAACCACCUCCACCACCAUGACUUUUGCCUUAUCCGAGUUGGCUUUGAAUCAGGAGAUUCAAGAAAAGGCCAGAAAGGAAAUUGAAAUGGUUGCUGCAAAACACAAUGGCGAGCUAAGUUAUGAAGCCAUAAAGGAUAUGACCUACAUGGAGCAGAUUAUAAAUGAAACUUUAAGAAAAUACCCCCCAGUCCCGAUCCUGCUCAGAAAAUGCAACAAAACUUACCCUGUACCUGGAACCGACGUGGUCAUCGAAAAGGAUGACAUGGUUGCCAUAUCGUCUCUAGCCAUUCAGAACGAUCCGGAAAUUUACGAAAAUCCUGAGAAAUUCGACCCGGAUCGGUUUUCCACAAAAAAUACUGCAAGUCGUCAUCAGUUUGCUCAUAUUCCGUUUGGCGAAGGUCCAAGAAUAUGCAUUGGUAUGAGAUUUGCUUUGAUGGAAGCGAAAGUAGGAAUGGCGGCAAUUUUAAAAAAUUACAAUAUAACGUUAAGUAAGAGAACCAAAGUCCCAAUUCAACUGGAUCCUAAAUCUUUUAUUUCCGCGCCUAAGGAUGGCAUUUGGAUACAUGCCAAGAGGAUUUCAACUGACUAAACCGAAAACAGUAUAAAUUACUAGUAAAAAUAAAACAAUUGUUUUAGUUUAUUUUUUAUAAUUAAAAUAUUUAAAUUAGGUUAAACAAUUUAAUUUUCCUUAUUUGAUUAUAUUGUAUUUCUAAUAAAAUUUGUUUAA